GAUGGACGUGUUGUUCACCUUUGUGCCACUUCCCUCCAGGCUUCUCGUUAGUGCAUCACAGGACGGCAAGUUGAUCAUCUGGGACAGCUAUACCACAAACAAGGUCCACGCCAUUCCUCUGCGCUCAUCUUGGGUCAUGACCUGUGCAUAUGCUCCCUCUGGAAACUACGUGGCCUGUGGUGGCCUGGAUAACAUUUGCUCCAUUUACAACCUGAAAACACGCGAAGGCAACGUGCGUGUCAGCCGCGAAUUGGCCGGCCACACAGGCUAUUUGUCAUGUUGCCGUUUUGUGGACGAUAAUCAAAUCGUGACCAGCUCUGGAGAUACAACUUGCGCCCUUUGGGACAUAGAAACAGGCCAACAGACAACCACCUUUACCGGCCACACCGGGGAUGUCAUGAGCUUGUCCCUUGCUCCCGAUUCCAAGUGUUUUGUUUCUGGUGCCUGUGAUGCCUCUGCGAAGCUGUGGGACGUUCGAGAAGGGAUGUGCCGGCAGACCUUCACCGGCCACGAGUCAGACAUCAAUGCCAUCUGUUUCUUCCCCAACGGCAAUGCCUUUGCCACCGGCUCCGAUGAUGCCACCUGCCGGCUUUUUGAUCUCCGUGCCGACCAGGAGCUGAUGGUUUAUUCCCAUGACAACAUCAUCUGUGGCAUCACCUCCGUAGCUUUCUCCAAGAGCGGGCGCCUCCUCCUCGCCGGCUACGACGACUUCAACUGCAAUGUGUGGGACACACUCAAAGCGGACAGAGCAGGUGUCCUCGCUGGCCAUGAUAACCGCGUCAGUUGCUUAGGCGUAACUGAUGAUGGCAUGGCAGUGGCAACAGGAUCCUGGGAUAGCUUCCUCAAGAUCUGGAACUAAAGUCUCUCUAGAAUAGCAGUGGAGUCCACACUGACUGGAAGACUUUCCCAACAAUUGAAAGUUUGAAAUAAUGUAUUGAAUCCAACUGUACUAACUCGGACAUCCCCGCCUCUCCUUCCCCCCCACCCCGCUUCCUACCCACCCACCAAAGGGCGAGAUCAUUCACGUCUCCUGUUGCCGAACUGAAGAGCACAAUUUUCUCUAGAAGAAGAAAUUCCGCCAUUAUAUACAAAAAAAUAGCAAAAGAAGUUAAAAUUGUGCGAUCCUUUUGGGACCACUUUUCGUCUAGAAAACUAAAGAAAAAACCACACUUGUUGUAAGCAUGUCCAGACAAAAAAAUAAUAAUAACAAAAGAGAAAAAAAAACAUUAUGAAGCAUACAACAUUUAACUUUCACUGUAGUUUAAAAAUUGCAAACCAUUGAUCUGGUUUUACUGACUUUAUGAGUUGGGGGUGGGAGGGCCUUGUUUUAAUCUCACUUUCAAACUUCGAAGUCGUGUUUGUAGCAGGAUUGAUAGCUACGUUUUGUCCAUAUUUCCAUUUCUAUUUUCUUUCUUUUCUAUUCUUUUUUUUUAAAAAACGCAAUUUGCUUUUUCAGUCAAUUGUUGAGCCAAGACAAGGGAGUCCAAGCCCAGUCACCUCUGGGAUUGUUAAUGCUGUAAAUUUAGUCCCUAGAUUCUUUUUAUUAUUAUUAUUAUUAUUAUUUCAGUCUUAGUGUCACAAAUGGUUGCACAAAUAUUGCAUAUAUAGGAUAAUGUUAAGAAGUAAGAUAACCAAGCACACGCUGUACAUGAUAUUGAAUGUUUGUUUAAGAAAAAAAAUCUUUCACCUUUUAUGGGUAACAAAAUGCAAACUUUAGGUUUUUUUUCUCCCCCUCCACCCCACCUCACAAUAAUUGUGAUCCAUUUAUUUGCAUAGUUUGGAAUUUUUGAUGGCCCCAAUGGAGGGCCAUUCAUAGCCUAACACUACCCCAUAAUCUCAACCAACAAGCAAGAUUCUCUCGGGGUUUGGGAGGGUGGGGGGUGGAGGUAGGUCGGAAAAGAGACCCUUGUCCAGCGCUUGGCUAUUCCAUCGAUUCUUUGUGUAUGAAAAACAAUGUAUAAAAUCAAUGUUUUUUUUUGAAAAUAAUGAUCUUCAAACUUUCUAAGUUAAAAAAAAACAUGAACAAUGGAAAGAGAAAAAAAUUGUUUUGGUUUGCCAUACUGGGUUGGAUUACUCUUUAGAAUCGCAUGCUGUAGAAAUGCUAAGGUGCAUAUAAGACUUAUGCGUCCUUCUCUGUGUUUUCUUUCAAGAAAUAACCUCUUCAUUAAAAAAAAAAAAACGAAAGAAAGCUAUAACCAUUGCUGAUCUCAUUUAUUGUUGCUACCCUGUGCAUAACCAGGAAAAAAACAAAAAACAAGGAGGAAUGAAAAGUUGCCAAGCUAUGCACAUUUCGGCGUAGUGCUGUAAAGAAGCUAUCCUUAAUUUUCGA